AAGGCCGAUGAAGAAACAUAUGUAUUUAAUAUUGGGAUCAUUUACCACAGGCGAUCACAUGAGGCAUGGUUUCUUAAGCACUAAAGUGGCUUCAAGACUGGGAAGUUUGUUGGCUUUAAAGAUACUUUCAGAGCGAAGUCUGAAAUGGAUGUUACAUGAAUCCCUUUCAGGGAUGCGCACGACUGUGAACAUUUCUGAAGCCUUUUCUCAGUAGACGAGAUAAAGAUGGAUGAAUCUGCCUUGUUGGAUCUUCUGGAGUGUCCUGUGUGUCUAGAAAGGCUUGAUGCUUCCGCAAAGGUCUUGCCUUGCCAGCACACGUUUUGCAAACGAUGUUUGCUGGGGAUUGUAGGUUCCCGAAAUGAACUCAGAUGUCCAGAGUGCAGGACUCUUGUUGGCUCGGGUGUUGAGGAGCUUCCAAGUAACAUCCUGCUGGUCAGACUUCUGGAUGGCAUCAAGCAGAGGCCUUGGAAACCUGGCCCUGGUGGGGGCAGUGGGACCAACUGCACAAAUGCAUUAAGGGCUCAGAGCAGCACGGUGGCUAAUUGUAGCUCAAAAGAUUUGCAGAGCUCCCAGGGCGGACAGCAGCCACGGGUGCAAGCUUGGAGCCCCCCGGUGAGGGGUAUACCUCAGUUACCUUGUGCCAAAGCAUUAUACAACUACGAAGGGAAAGAGCCUGGAGACCUUAAAUUCAGCAAAGGUGACAUCAUCAUUUUGCGGCGACAAGUGGAUGAAAAUUGGUACCAUGGGGAAGUCAACGGGAUCCAUGGCUUUUUUCCCACCAAUUUUGUGCAGAUCAUCAAGCCGUUACCUCAGCCCCCACCUCAGUGCAAAGCACUUUAUGACUUUGAAGUGAAAGACAAAGAAGCAGACAAAGAUUGCCUCCCGUUUGCAAAGGAUGAUGUUCUGACUGUGAUCCGCAGAGUGGAUGAAAACUGGGCUGAAGGAAUGCUGGCAGACAAAAUAGGAAUAUUUCCAAUUUCAUAUGUUGAGUUUAACUCGGCAGCUAAGCAGCUGAUAGAAUGGGAUAAGCCUCCUGGGCCAGGAGGUGAUGCUGGAGAAUGUACCUUGGCAGCAGCCCAGAGCAGCAAUGCCCCAAAGCACUCUGACACCAAGAAGAACACCAAAAAGCGGCACUCCUUUACUUCCCUCACCAUGGCCAGCAAAUCCUCCCAGGCAUCCCAGAACCGCCACUCCAUGGAGAUCAGCCCUCCUGUCCUCAUCAGCUCCAGUAACCCUACGGCUGCCGCGCGGAUCAGUGAACUCUCUGGCCUUUCCUGCAGUGCCCCUUCUCAGGUUCAUAUAAGUACCACCGGGUUAAUUGUGACCCCACCCCCCAGCAGCCCAGUGACAACUGGCCCCUCGUUCACUUUCCCAUCAGAUGUUCCCUACCCAGCUGCCCUUGGAACUAUGAAUCCUCCUCUUCCCCCACCCCCUCUACUGGCCUCCACACCUCCGGGCGCAGCUGCUGCUGCUGCUGCUGCUGCUGCUGCUGCUGCUGCAAUGGGACCGAGACCCACAGUGGGACCCACUGACCAGAUUGCACAUUUACGGCCUCAGACUCGCCCCAGUGUGUAUGUUGCUAUAUAUCCAUACACGCCCCGGAAAGAGGAUGAGCUGGAGCUGAGAAAAGGGGAGAUGUUUUUAGUAUUUGAACGUUGCCAAGAUGGCUGGUUCAAAGGGACAUCGAUGCAUACCAGCAAGAUAGGGGUUUUCCCUGGCAAUUAUGUGGCACCAGUCACAAGGGCCGUGACAAAUGCUUCCCAAGCUAAAGUCCCUAUGUCUACUGCUGGUCAGACCAGUCGAGGGGUGACUAUGGUCAGUCCUUCCACUGCAGGAGGGCCUGCCCAGAAGCUCCAGGGAAAUGGUAUGGCUGGAAGUCCCAGUGUUGUCCCCACAGCCGUUGUGUCAGCCGCUCAUAUCCAGACAAGUCCUCAGGCCAAGGUCUUGUUGCACAUGACUGGGCAGAUGACAGUCAACCAGGCCCGUAAUGCUGUGAGGACAGUUGCAGCACAUAACCAAGAACGCCCUACAGCAGCGGUGACGCCCAUCCAGGUACAGAACGCUGCCUGCCUGGGCCCUGCAUCUGUGGGCCUGCCUCAUCAUCCCUUGGCCUCCCCACAACUUCCACCUCCAAUGGCAGGCCCUGCCACCCACGUAGCUGCCAUCAAUAUGGGUCGAGUCAAUGCCCCCCUGGCUUGUGCUGCGACUGCUUCACUGACCUCUCCGAGCAUCACCACCGCCUCUCUGGAGACUGAGCCCAGUGGUCGGACAGUGACCAUUCUUCCUGGACUUCCCACCUCUCCUGACAGCGCAUCAUUGACUUGUGGGAACAGUUCAGCAACCAAGCCAGAUAAAGAUAGUAAAAAAGAGAAAAAGGGUUUGUUGAAGUUGCUUUCUGGCGCGUCCACUAAACGUAAGCCCCGAGCAUCUCCACCAGCCUCACCCACCCUGGAAGUGGAGCUGGGUGGCGGGGAGUUGCCUCUGCAGGGAGCAGUGGGACCUGAGCUGCCUCUAGGGGGCGCCCACGGCAGGGCCGGCUCCUGCCCUGCCGAUGGGGACUGCCCGGCCCCGGCUGUGGCUGUGGCUGCUGCUGUGGCCCAGGACGCUCUUCAUCGGAAGACUAGCUCCCUGGACUCCGCUGUACCCAUCGCUCCACCUCCUCGUCAGCCAUGUUCAUCCCUGGGCCCUGUCAUGAAUGAGUCUAGGCCUGUGGUUUGUGAGAGGCACAGGGUGGUAGUUUCCUAUCCUCCUCAGAGUGAGGCAGAACUUGAACUUAAAGAAGGAGAUAUCGUGUUUGUCCAUAAAAAGCGAGAAGAUGGCUGGUUCAAAGGCACGUUACAACGUAAUGGGAAAACUGGCCUUUUCCCAGGAAGCUUUGUGGAAAACAUCUGAGGAGACUAACAUUGAGAAGGCUGAAGUCACAUCACACAACAAAAUAGCACAAAGCAAUUUAAUGGAAAGAGCACAUUUUGGACUUCCAGAUGGUCAGGAGAUGAGCAGAGGAUGGGUGUGUGACCCCAGUGCCCUCAGCACAGUUAGGCCAGCCAACAGUGUGAAGAAGGCGUGUGUAUGGGUCUUAUCAUUCUGGGUUCUGAUGUGUAAGAACUGUGCCUUGUACUGUCUGAUUUGCUAUACAGAGAAACCUUUUUAAAAAGAUAUAUAGCUAAAAUGGACAAUUGUUUACAAGGCUUAACUAAUUUAUUUCCUUUUUUACACUUGAAUUUUUCUUGUAAUAGAUAAAUUCUUUGGAUUAUGAUUUUAAGAAAUUAUUAAUUUAUGAAAUAAUAGCUAAGGAGAAGCUGGAUUAUCUCCUGUUGAGAGCAAGAGAUUUUUUUUUUUUUUCGACAGAAUGAAUCCCCCUUUCUCCCCUCACUGGUGUUACUUUUUACUUCUUUAAGACAGAAAUGCCAGUUCUCUAAUUUGGUUUUCUUCUUUAGGAAACUAAAACCUAUAACUGAAUCAAUAUCAAUAAAGGCCUGGGGUAGGCAGACAGAAACAAGAGAAGAGAAGUUAGUGAUUCCCUGUCUUUCUGGUUUGGUCAGGAAUCACCCUUAAGACCUAGUCUUCAGUAUAAUUUUAUGGGUUUUUAAUUUCCCUAGAAUGAAGCCAGUGAAGUGAUAAGAAUAAAGCACAACCUCAAACAAAAAUGUAUUCGGAAAUGUAUUUAGUUUUAUAACAGAAGCAGCUGAUUCAUUGGUUGGAAAUUGGGAAAAUUGAAGUUGUACUCCUGUCUGAGAAUGGCUAUGAAAUGUAAUCGCCCAUUUUACCCCAAGUGAUCUGCAUGCCCAGGACACAAUAAAACGUUUGUGAGA